GAGGCGGGCACAAGCACCAGGUCGUAGGCCUGUGGCCUCGGAUCUGUCGGAGGCGGCGAUCGUGCAGCGCUCUCGCCGGCGCCAUGUCGUUCUGCAGCUUCUUCGGGGGCGAGGUUUUCCAGAACCACUUUGAGCCGGGGCUGUUAAGAAGAGUGAAAGAAAUAAGUGUGAAAAGUGGCUCUCCUGGUCUCUGGCACAGGCUCAGAACCGCUAAAUGCAUCUACGUGUGUGCCCAAUGUGGCUAUGAGCUGUUUUCCAGCCGCUCAAAGUACGCACACUCAUCCCCAUGGCCGGCCUUCACCGAGACCAUCCAUGCUGACAGUGUGGCCAAGCAUCCAGAGCACAAUCAGCCUGGAGCCUUAAAGGCAAAGAAACUUCUGCCUCCCAGGGACAGUAGGUGAGCAGCCCACACCCAUCCCAGAUGGACGCUGCUUCGUGGCCACACUCUGGACAUCCCACCUUAGAAGUGGAACCCCAGACAUUUGGACAGGGGAGCGGGGGGAGGGGGGUAGCUGAAACAUCAGGAAGGUUCCCGAGGCCUUGCCUCCGAACAGGCUAGGAGAAGGGAAAAGGCUGGGAAAAGGAGAAGGCUACACUUGGCUGCCAGGGAGGCCUGGAGGCCCCACUGUCGGCUCUCACAGGAGUCUCAGGGAGGGGGCUCUAUGCCUGGCUUGUCUUAGAGUGAUGGUGCAGCCCCCACCUUCUCUCCUCAGCCCACUGCCCCCUCCCUGCCUGUCUGGACUCACCCCCAUGAGGCCCAGUUCUGAGAUGGGCUCUGGCCCUCGCCGAAGCUCUUGCCUGUCUCCAGCAGGCUGUGCUAGGAGAGAACGCAAACAGGGGCGGCCCCAGUUGGCUGCUCCAGCCCUGGUCACUCUAUGAUUCUCUCUGACUAAACCCUUCCAGGCAGCCAGAGUGGUGAUGAUCUGUGACCCGCUGGGGGAGCAGGCAGAGGGGACAGAUCUCUGGCCUCUCGGUUACGAAAGGAGAAAUCCCGAACCUUGUUGCACCAUCUAUGUGGAUGCUGCUUGCCCCACUCAGGCUUAGGAAAGCAACUAUUGCUCCAUCACCUUGACUGUGCAAGGCUGGGGACCCUGGAGCUCACAGCCUACAGUUCACUGCUUCUGGGGACACAGUGACUGUGCCUCACUGCACAUGCUCUGAGGGUCCUGCCAUCAGGGAGGGUGGGCGAAGCCCCUUCCAUCUUGAAUCCUCUUUGGAGUAAUCAGGAGGAGAUCAAUAAACAAACAGAACCCAGGCUUGCUGUCUUUAUUAACAACAUCAGGGACGCCAAGUCCCAGGGUCAGGCUUUGCACAGCUGUUUCACUUGUUCCACAAAUAGUUA